AUGUCAGUGUACGAAUCAGACGAUGAUUCGGUUUCCGAGUUCGAAAGAUUGGAGUCGACUCUUCCAGACCAUUUGAAAAGAUCAGCCAGCUCUUUGUUGGAAGCAAUUUCCAAUACAAACCUCAAUUCGUCCCCAUCAACUACCCCUGCCCCAAGAGAGAACCAUUUCCAGUCAUCAUGGUUGGAUUCUGGGAUUCCAUCUUCUCGUACUCCUUCACGCCACCACCAUCACCAUCACCAGCAUCAUAAAAAAACCCAACACAACCAGCUUAUCCAGAAGUUGUCGAGAUCAGAGAAUGGACGUGAGUCAUCACCAAUUCCGUUACCCCGGCCUAAAUUCAAUGAAGAGAUUCAUAAACCGGCAAUGAAUACCAAACAAUCUUCAACUGGGGUCUUAUGGGUAACCGAACGCGCCAACGAGUAUGGGUUUGAUAAUGGGAACCCUGAAUGGGCCAAUUUAGGUCAAGGUGCUCCAGAACACGGUGACACUGUUCCAGGAUCAUUUAAAAGACCUACGUCAAUUCCAAUUCCGGACCAUUCUAAAGAGUAUGCCCCUACUGCAGGAAUCAAAGAAUUACGUGAAGCUGUUGCUAAUUAUUAUAAUGAAACUUAUCGUCAAGAUCAGCCUUCUAAAUAUACUUAUAAGAAUGUGUGUAUCGUUCCUGGAGGUAGAGCUGGUUUAACUCGUAUUGCUUCAAUUAUCAGUGAUUGUUAUCUUUCCUUUUUCUUACCGGAUUAUACUGCUUAUGCCGAAAUGCUAUCAUUAUUUAAAAAUUUUUCGCCAAUUCCAGUUCCAUUGAAUGAAGUUGAUAACUAUGAAAUUCAUUUAGAAAUUAUUAAAAAUGAAUUAAUUAGAGGAGUUUCUGCAUUAUUAACUUCAAAUCCCCGUAAUCCAACUGGUAAAUGUAUGAAGCCUCGUCAAUUAGAAAAAUUACAUCGUUUAUGUAGAGAACGUUGUUUGCUUAUUAUGGAUGAAUUUUACUCUCACUAUUAUUAUGAUGAUAACUGCUCAGGCUCUUCAAUCAGUUCAGCAAAAUACGUUCAAGAUGUUAAUAAGGACCCGGUGCUUAUAUUAAAUGGGUUAACCAAAGCCUUUAGAUUACCAGGUUGGAGAAUCUGCUGGAUCUUGGGUCCGGAAGACUAUAUCAAUGCUUUAAGCAGUGCUGGUUCCUUUUUAGAUGGUGGUUCAAACUCUCCUUUCCAAUACGCUGCAAUUGAUUUCUUAAAACCUCCUAAAGUUAGAGAAGAAAUGAUGGCUUUACAAGCCCACUUCAAAAUGAAAAGAGAUUAUAUAAUUGAAAGAUUAUCUAAAAUGGGAUUUGAUUUCUCAAAUGGCAAAAUUCCAAAUUCAACUUUUUAUCUUUGGUUAAACUUAUCUCAUUUACCUGCUAAAUUAAGUAAUUGUUUAGGCUUUUUCCACGAAUGUUUACACGAGAAAGUUAUUGUGGUUCCUGGUUUCUUCUUCUUAAUCAACCCACAAAACUUAUCUAGCUUAGAAGACGUUAUUUGGUAUAAUUACGUUAGAAUCAGUUAUGGUCCCGAAUUACACCAGUUAGUUAAAGGUAUGGACGGUAUCGAACGUAUCUUAUACCGUUUUGGCUGUUUGCCUUAUGACUUACCAUCUUCUUCUACUUAA